UGCGCCUGCGCCGCGGGCGGGCUGGGCCGCGGCGGCCCGUGCGAGAUGCGCGGCGGCUGCCUGGGCGCCAGGCUGCUGCGUGGCGUGGGCGGCGGGCGCGCGGGGCUCGGGGCGCGGGGCGUCCGCGCGGGCGGCGCAGCCAUGGCGGCCGCGGAGAGCAUGACCCAGCGGAUGGUCUGGGUGGACCUGGAGAUGACAGGAUUAGACAUCGAGAAGGACCAGAUUAUUGAGAUGGCCUGCCUGAUAACUGACUCUGAUCUCAACAUUUUGGCGGAAGGCCCUAACCUGAUCAUAAAGCAGCCAGACGAGUUGCUGGACAGCAUGUCAGACUGGUGUAAGGAGCACCAUGGCAAGUCUGGUCUGACCAAAGCGGUGAAGGAGAGCACAAUGACAUUGCAGCAGGCAGAGUAUGAGUUUCUCUCCUUUGUGCGACAGCAGACUCCCCCGGGGCUCUGUCCGCUUGCAGGAAAUUCAGUUCAUGCAGAUAAGAAGUUUCUUGACAAAUACAUGCCCCAGUUCAUGAAACAUCUUCAUUAUAGAAUAAUUGAUGUGAGCACUGUAAAAGAACUGUGCAGACGCUGGUAUCCAGAAGAGUAUGAAUUCGUCCCAAAGAAGGCUGCUUCGCACAGGGCACUUGACGACAUUAGCGAAAGCAUCAGAGAGCUUCAGUUUUACCGGAAUAACAUCUUCAAGAGGAAAACAGAUGAAAAGAAGAGGAAAAUUAUAGAAAAUGGGGAAAACGAGAAGACUGUGAGUUGAUGCCGGCUCUCAUGCUGCCACCACAUGGUUCUCAGGAAGCAACUUCUGGUGGUUUUUUGUUUUCCCCCUUUUUCUUUUUAUUGGUUCAUGCUGAUUGCUUGGCAGAGCACGUUCUUCAGUUACCUUGCAUCUCCAGAUUAUUCAAGCAGACAGCACCUGAAAUAUUAUUUUCUCCUAAUAUUCUGUUUUCUUUUAUGACACAGCAGCCCCUUUGAAAGUACCAGGUCAUGUCCACCCCUGGGUACAUACCUGCAUUUGCUUCUAGAUCAUAUCUUUUGUUUAAGAAAAUAGUAAUAAAAUAAAGCUAGUCCUACUGAAAUGCAAA